GAGAGAGAGAGGUCCCAGUCGCAUCUAAUCGGCUUACACGACUCUAGGUUAACACAGAACUGUCUCUCUCCACCCAACGUGGGCCGGUCGUGUAUCCUGCGCUUUAUUUUCUGCUUUGGCUCCACUUUCCAGAGGCUUUACUUCCAUGCAUGUCUCCUCCGGACAGAACACCGCUCAGCGCAAAGAUCUCACUUCCCUGGGAGCUUCAGAUCUCAGGUGACAGCGGCUCUGUGAGGAUGAUCGGGAACCCGCUCUGACUGUACAUGGUUCAGGAGAUUAAGGGGUUUGUGUAAUUAAAGCUCCCGCAGACGAUGUAAUUGUUUUACGAGAGUCUGGUCUUGGAGAGACAGCUCGUCCCAUGCGUGCGCCCCCAGCGCGCCAGGCUGCGCUCCACCCCGAGGACGGUGCCCUAGACCCGGGGGUUAGAUGGUUCUGAUUACCGACGACAGGGAUGGAGGAGGCGUCCGGGUCAAGCAGCUCCAGCUCCAGCAGCAUCCGCAGCAAAAAGUCGGGGGAAGCGUCUCUCAGGUCCACCCGACCAUAGAGGAAGAGCCGCCGUCCAACUCCGAGGAUGACUACCCGAGCGAGGAUGAGGACUAUGAUGAAGAGGAGGACGAAUUCGAAGAAGUGGACUUCGAGGACUUGGAUGACGGUCGCAGCAUCGCGUCCGACGACUCCUUCUACCCGCCGGACGAUGCGUUUGCGGACUCGGAGCGCACCCCGUCCCCGGACAGCCCGGAGCCCCUGUCCCUCUUCCAGGCGUGCUGCACCAACAACGCGGCCAUCGUCCGGAUCAUGAUCCGACAUGGAGUGAAGGAGGAGCAGGUCAAGGAGUCGGACAAGAACAACAGGACAGGGCUGUUGUUUGCAUGCUACCAGGGUUACGUGGAUGUUGUCAUAGCGCUGUCUCAGUGUCCGUAUCUGGAUGUCAACUGGCAGGACAGCGAGGGGAACACGGCUCUCAUAACUGCUGCUCAAGCAGGCCACAUAACCAUCACCAACUAUUUGCUGAACUACUACUCUGGGUUGGACAUCGAGAGGAGGAACUGCCACGGCUUCACCCCUCUGAUGAAAGCUGCCAUGCAGGGCAGAGUGGAAUGUGUGCGCUCGCUCAUGAUGGCAGGGGCCGCCCUGAAUGCCAAAGACUUUGGCCGCCACUUGACUGCCAGGGACUGGGCCUUAUUUACGGGCCGUUACGAAACCGCCUGGGUGAUGACACGUCUGAUGGAGCGGCCUUUUCCCAACCAAUUCUGUGAAUCAUACAGCGGAUUUAUGUCGAACUUGCUCCCCCACAGUCUAGAGUGGCCCCCGCUGACGUCACUGGUGACCAAAUCCCAGGAGCCCCGGGGCUGUCUGCAGCGCUUGUCCGACACCAUUCGGAACGUCUUCAGCAUCGCGAAUGUCACCAACCCUGAAGAGGAGGGCGCCAUCGACCACAUGGUUUCUAUCACAACGGCAAUGAGGAGCCCCGCCAUUGCUGUGGCGUGCCAUACAGUGUGUCCUGACAGUCCCCCAAGUGUGGGAAAACGGCACUAUGCAGUUCCUGAGAUCAUUCGCCAGCAGCGCGCCAAAGAGCUCCGCUCCGUCAACCCUGACAGGGUAGAUGGACACCUCAAACUCUUCCAGAACUCCCGGGUCACGCUCGUGGCCAAGCACUCUGCAGACCGCCGAGCCAGCCUCCAACCCCAGAGCCUGGUGCCCCGACAGAGGAGCUCCAGCCUGGGCCUGGGGGCUUACAAUGAAGCCCUGGAGCUGCGGAGAACCAGCCUUCUGCCUGUGCACAUGGUGCUGAGGAGGAGCAGCGUCAGGCCCGGCUUCAGCAUCCCCAAACUGAGGGUCUCCAAGGCCCCCGCACCCACUUACGAACCGGAAAAGGUCCGGAGGAAGAGCAGCGCCAAAGAUGGAAGCGGGCACCUGCUGCAGAUCCCGAAGUGGCGGUACAAGGAGCUAAAAGAAGAGAGGAGGAAAGCAGAGGAGGCAGAGAGGAGGAGGCUGGAGGCCGUAACCAAGAGACACCUCGCUGCCGGGAAAAGGAAAUAAUAUCAUAGCCUCAAAGGAUGUGAUGAUGUUCAGUAAACCUAAACUUAAUAGAGUUUUAAGCUGGACAAGCCAUGAAAUUAAACUAUUUGGUCUCAAGGUGUUUUCAACAAUCUUCACGCUCAGGAGGAGACUCGAAUUACCAGCAGUGUUCCUGAAAGAGGACGGUAGACUGAAGGUUGCAGCAGUCUGCUCUAUGCUGCAUCCUGAAAUGUUCUAAACAAAGAUGCAGGUUGGCCUCUUCAAAAGGGGUUUUACACUAGAUUCUAAGCGACACCCAGGGGAUUUGAUACUUGAAAUGUUUUAGGUAACUUAUUUUUCAUAUUUAUUGCUUUGUAAUGGACGGUCAAAACUAUUUUUUGUUACUCUUUGGAUGCUUGAUACACCAGUGUUUUUGUAAAGCAGAAGAUUAAUACACACACACACACUCACUCAGACUGUAACCACAGCAGGAAUGUGUUCAUCUUUCUUCUUAAACGAAUGGAAGCAAUUCAUUGAAGAUGUUAUGGAAUAAUGUCUUUAAAAUAUUCAGUGGAGAAUACUGAUAGGGGCAUUUCAUAUUGCCUGAGAAUGCGAAACUUAAGCUUUUAUAGAAUGUAAUGUCAUUGUACAGCAAUAUUUGUUAAUAUUUUUUGUUUAGCUUUAAGACAAAUUUUACUGAUACUGAUUAUAGAUAUUUUAUAUUAGAGAUUAGAGAACUUUAUUUUUUAUUCAACAUGAACUUUUUUCACCUACUGACGUGUAAAGAGUUGUGUUUUCUAGUCUUAACCUUUGGGACCAAGACUGAAUUGUAGAGCACUGCUGUGAUGUUGCAUCUCACCAGGUGGGAAGAAAGUUUCAAAAUUCUCUCCCAUGAACUGUUUACAUUGCAAAAACCACAUUAACACUGGUUAUAUCAGUGACUCUUCGAGUAUCAUGCAACUGCGACUCCAAGAUGUGUGCAUUCGGUGUAGAGACGAUGAGGAUGAGGUGAACGAAAUAAAACGCCUCUGCUAACAGUAA